UUUUCGCGGUUUUCAUCGCAAAUUCAUGGCGCUCCCCCAUUUUCUUUCUAGGGUUUUAAAUUUCUGUAACUGAUACUCUCUCGUUUUCCCCCAAUCUUCUUCUUCCUGUCGAUUCCACAUUCUCGGAUUCAAUUCCCAUUUCUCCGAUUGAAUUUUCAUCUUCUAAGAACGAACUAAGUUCUUCGUUGGGGACUUCGAGUUUCGUAACCAUUUCUUGAAAUGGCAGCGUCAAUGGCGCCGUCUAAGCUGACGGAAGGAGCAGUGAUGGUGAUAUGCAAGCGGGAAUCGUCUGCAGAGACGUUUCAGCCGAUUCUACAAGUAAUUGACUUAAAACUGGUUAACACUUCGCAACAAUCGGGCAGCGAGAGGUUCAGAUUGUUGGUUUCUGAUGGAACCCAUUUCCAGCAAGGAAUGCUGGGCACUCAGCUCAAUGAACUGGUUAAGUCCGGGAAGUUACAGAAAGGUUCCAUCGUUCGACUGCGGCAGUAUGUUUGUAACCCCGUUCAAGAACGCCUGAUUAUAAUUGUCAUUGAGUUGGAUGUGAUAGAGGAAAUGUGUGGAAUUAUUGGUGAGCCCGUAUCAGCAACAAAAUCGGCAACAGGUGCAUUUAUUGGAAACUCCCUAUCAUCUGGGGGGGCCCUGGGGGCUUCACCUGGCAGUGGAAUGAUUGGUAAGGUGAAUGUAUCUAGUGCAUCUCUUGAACAGCCUAAAGUGAAUCAAUCACAUGUACCGCAUAUGGGAUCUUAUUCUAACCCUCCUGAGACCGGAAGAUUCUCUGCAUCAGUUGUGCCUCCUCCUUAUCCUAAGACAGAUCCUGGAACAAGGUUUAACGGGCCAUCUCCUUUAACUGGAUCAUAUGGUAAUCAGAAGAUGGCAUAUCACAACAGUGGAUCAGAUAUUCCCAGGCCACCUCUAAAUUCUUAUCCCUGUCCUCAGCCAACAUAUCAACAGCCACCUUCAUUGUACAGUAACAGAGGACCAGUGGCGAAAAAUGAAGCUGCCCCAAGGAUAAUGCCUAUUUCUGCUCUGAACCCUUACCAAGGAAGGUGGACAAUAAAGGCUCGAGUUACUUCAAAAGGAGAACUCAGACACUACAAUAAUCCUCGUGGUGAUGGGAAAGUGUUUUCAUUUGAUUUACUUGAUGCAUACCGUGGAGAAAUACGUGUAACAUGCUUCAAUACAGUAGCUGACCAGUUUUACAACCAGAUUGAAUCUGGUAAAGUCUACUUCAUUUCUAAAGGAAGCUUGAAACCUGCUCAAAAGAACUAUAACCAUCUCAAAUAUGACUACGAAAUAGUUCUUGAAAACACAUCAACAAUCCAACCUUGCUUUGAGGAUGACCAAUCAAUCCCGCAGCAGCAGUUUCAUUUCCAUCAGAUUAGUGAGAUUGAGGGCAUGGACAGCAACAGUGUUGUUGAUGUAAUUGGUGUUGUUUCUUCCAUUAAUCCUGCAACUUCUCUAAUGAGAAAAAAUGGUACUGAGACUCAGAAGAGAUCCCUUCAGUUGAAAGAUAUGUCUGGCCGAAGUGUUGAAUUGACUCUUUGGGGAAACUUCUGUCAAGCGGAAGGGCAAAGAUUGCAAAAUAUGUGUGACUCGGGGUUGUUUCCAGUUUUGGCUGUGAAAUCUAGUAGAGUAAGCGACUUCAAUGGGAAGGCAGUGGGAACCAUUUCAACAAGUCAGCUUUUUGUAGAGCCAGAUUUCCCUGAGGCUCGUACGCUGAGAGAGUGGUUUGAGAAGGAAGGGAGGAGUACUCCUUCUGUCUCUUUAUCCAGGGAAGUUGCCAGUGUGGGCAGAACAGAUGCCCGUAAGACCAUAUCUCAAAUUAAAGAUGAGAGGUUAGGAACCUCUGAAAAGCCAGAUUGGAUCACGGUUAGUGCAACUGUUUCAUUUAUUAAGGUUGACAAUUUCUGUUACACAGCAUGUCCUAUAAUGAUUGGGGACCGACAAUGUAGCAAAAAGGUUACAAAUAAUGGAGAUGGAAAAUGGAGAUGUGACAGGUGUGAUGAGUCUGUUGACGAAUGUGACUACAGGUACAUACUGCAGCUGCAAAUACAGGAUCAUACUGGCUUGACUUGGGUAACUGCAUUUCAAGAAGGUGGUGAGGAGAUCAUGGGCAUACCUGCAAAAAGAUUGUAUUAUUUGAAAUACGAAGAGCAAGAUGAUGAGAAAUUUGCAGAAAUCAUCCGUAAGGUUCUUUUUACAAAAUUUAUAAUGAAGUUGAAAAUAAAGGAAGAGACUUUUAGCGAUGAACAGAGAGUAAGAUCAACAGUGGUGAAAGCAGAAAGCAUUAAUUUUUCGAUGGAGUCCAGGUUUCUUCUAGAUUUGAUGGAAAAACACAGAGCAGAGAACAAUAGUUCUGUUACCCCAAAGGCAGAAAGCGCCAUACACAAUCUUGGAUUUCAUGACCCUGCAUCUGUGAAUAUUGGUGGUGGACAGUUCGUGUCACCUAUUCGAAAUAUUACCAAUGUCGGCAGAGAAUAUGGUACACCCAACCAAGGUAUUCAGUAUGGGAACCAGUACAGCAGCUCUAGGCCUUCUCAAUCCACACCACUUAACUCGAGCACAUACUGCAACAGCUGUGGAGGCUCUGGCCACAGCUCAAUGAACUGCCCGAGUAUCAUGAGCGGUCCUGUGCUCUCUGUUGGAGGGGGGAUGUACUCAAGUCGAUCUUCUGGCCCUUCUGGUGGUGCCUCUGGUGAAUGCUUCAAAUGCCAUCAAACUGGGCAUUGGGCUAGGGAUUGCCCUGGUUUGGCCACUGUCCCUCCAGCUUACGGUAACAGUGGCUUCACGGCUAGAUAAUGCUCAGGGAAGUUCCUAAAUUCUUUGAAUCCCUAGUUUCAUUUUUUUCACUUUCAUUAGAAAAGAUGUUGCAGGAGUAGCGCCGAGGUGGAAAGCGUGGACUUAGCUAGCUUUUUGGGGCCUGAGUUCCUGAAAUUUUCUUGUACAGCUUUUGCUUGGAAAUUAUGUUUUGCAUCUUAGUCUAUUUGUAAUCAUAGUUUGGAGUCUACUUACCUUUGUAGUAAUUUUCCUUUGAUGGCUGCGUUUAUAUUUUGCUAAGUUAAUGUAUCUUUGUACAGUGUUUUAGUUUUCUUUUGCACGUAUUUUUUCUCAAGUUUCUCUAUGGUAUAUAGUGUAGUUGGUCUAUUGAUCAAAUAAAUAGUUUGUGAAAGUUUUUUGUUUA